CUGUCUGUCUGUUGGUCGCGGGGCUUUAAUGCUGAGGGCUUGGAUUUUGCUCUCGGUUUCCCCACCACCACCACCACCACCACCCGUCCCCACCUCCCUCCCUCCAUCUUUCCUGCCCGCGCCCACACACCCAUCCAACAGACGCGCGCGCGCGCGCGCCGGCGAAGGGGGCCCCAGACAUGGCCUCCCGGGUGGACUACAUCGCUCCGUGGUGGACCUACUGGCUCCAUAACUUCCCUCACGUCAACCUCAGCUUCCAGCCGGUGGGCAGCGCCUUCAACCCGCAGGACGACGACUACCAGCAGGCACUCAUCUUUUUGGCUGGAGUUGCUGCCGUCUGCUUGGCCCUCAAUUUGAUUUUCAUUUCCAUUUACAUGUUAUGCCUCUGUUGCUGUAAGCGAACUGAAGAUGAAGAAACCAAGCGGCCAAAUUCAUGUUGUGUCACGUGGACAGCUGUGAUUGCUGGCCUUACCUGCUGUGCUGCCGUAGGAGUUGGUUUUUAUGGAAACAGUGAAACAAAUGAUGGAGUCUACCAGCUGACGUACUCCAUCUACAAUGUCAACCAUACGCUUGCUGGAGUUGAUAGCUUGGUGGCUGGGACAAUGAAUCGUAUGAAAUUUGAUCUCAAGCAACACAUAUCAAGGCUUGAUGAGAUCUUUGCUGAAAGAAUUGAGUUGAUUCGGUCGCUGAAAUUUAUGCAGCAAAUGGCAGAUUCAAUCAGGGCACAACUCUCUGGACUCCCUGUAUGGCACAAUACGAAUUUGAACGUGGCAGAAAUAGCUAAUAACAUUAGCUCCAUUGAAUAUUACAGGUGGCUGUCUUAUCUCCUUUUACUUAUCGUCGAUCUCAUCAUCUGCCUUGUGUCAUUUCUGGGCCUGGCCAAGCGAUCCCGGUGGCUUCUUACCACAAUGAUUGUCUUCGGGGCCUUGACUCUAAUCCUUAGCUGGUGCUCUCUGGGAAUAGACACAGCCACAGCUGUGGGCGUCAGUGAUUUCUGUGUAUCUCCAGACAAAUUUAUCAUGAACCUGACCCAGAACAAAGUCAGCUCAGAAGUGGUGCAUUACUAUCUGUAUUGCAGCCAGAGUCUGACCAACCCAUUCCAGCAGACUCUAUCAGUUUUUCAGCGAUCAUUGACCACUAUGCAGUUCCAGAUCCAAGGAAUGCUGCACAUUGCAGUUCCAAUAUUUCCAAUGGCACAGAAAGAUCUGCUUCAGAUACAGCAGUUGCUAAAUCAAUCUGAAUCCAAUUUGCACCAGCUCACUGCACUUCUUGACUGCCGUGGACUGCACAAGGACUAUCUGGAUGCUUUGAUUGGUGUAUGUUAUGAUGGCGUUGAGGGAUUACUGUACCUCUCACUGUUUUCAAUCCUUGCUGCAGUUUCAUUCUGUGCAUUGAUCUGUGCUAUAUCUCGUGCGUGGAAACACAUCGCAAACAGAGAUCGGGAUUAUGACGACAUAGAUGAGGCCGAUCCUUUUAAUCCUCAGGCUCGGCGUAUUGCAGCCCACAACCCAGCCCGAGGCCAGCUGCGCAGUUUCUGCAGUUUCAGCAGUAGUUUGGGGAGUCAGACUAGCCUUCAGCCGCCUGCAACAACAGCAAUAGUUCAACCAACUUCCACAGCACCUGCACCUGAGUAUAUGAAUAAUACUGUGCUGUUUGGUGGGAAUCCUCGCUAUGAAAAUGUUCCAUUGAUUGGAAGAAAUUCUCCACCACCUUCGUACUCACCUAGUAUGAGAGCAACCUACCUUGCAGUGACUGAAGAACCUGCCAGACAUCAUCACGGGAAUGAAUUUCCUGUUUAAUAUUCCUCAACAACUGAAUUUAAGAUUCCUUAAAGCCAAAAGCCUUGCUGUACUAAGACAUUCACUGGCUAAAACGUUCUCAUUCCCUUGAAGAUUACUGUGAAGUUAUGUUGACCAUAUGGGAGCAAUGUUGAACUGCUGAAUAUCAAUCAAUACCAGUUCUCUCAUUUCUCUCAAAUGUUGUUGUGCAAAAUGAUUGUUACACUGAAUGCUUGAGUCAUACCUGAAAUUGUUGCAUUGUUUUAUUGUAGCAUUCUAACUGGAGGUUUGACAUAAACAUGAUAUAUGCCGAAUCAUAGAUUUCAGUGGUUAACAUUAGCAUCUGAGAUGAUGAGUGCCUUGAAAAGCAGGCGGAUUUGAAAAACUGUAUGAAUUUAUCUUCCAGCAAAAUCCCCAGUGCCUACCUCCCAGUUAAGUUUGAUUCCAAGGCUGCUUAUUCUGUGCAGCUUUGCCAUUAUUUGGAAUAAAAUUCAGUUGGCCAAGCUAGUCAAUGGAAUACUAUAACGUGGUGAGCUUCUUCAUGUCCAAGAAGAAAAACCUGGUCAGUUCAUCUCCUUUGUGGUUUGGCUCCUUUGCACAGUUUGAAAAAUAGGGUUCAUUGAUGCAGCAAUCUGUCUAUCUGAUGAGGAUGAUCACAUUCUUCCAAUCAAAGGAAACUGGUAAGAGUCUGCAACAGUGAGUGAAAAAUCAGAGCUGAAGCUUUAUGUAUUUUUUGCGGGGGAAGUUUUCUGUUGAGUUCUCAGAAUUUGUCCUGGUCUUUAUUUAGUUUGAAUUUAAGUGUUUGUUUCAGUUGUAUAUGGAGAUGAUUACUUACAAUUCCUUACCCAUUGCCCAGUGAAAAGGUCUUGGAUACUGUGCAAUAAACAUCAGUCUUAUUUUGUAACCCAAAUACUCUUACUGUGAGUCGAUCUGCAACCACAUUAGACUUUUAUCCCCCUUCUUUCAGCAGUUAUGGAUGAGCUUCUGAUAGAUGUCUGCAGGUUCCCAAAUCAAAUGUCUGGUUUGGAGGGGGGUGGAAGGGAAGUGGCAGGGCUGACUAUUAAAAGUUAAUCUAUGUUCCCAUCUCUAAUUCAGCUAGAUAUGUGCGCUUCUGGGCAUUGGUUGAGGAUAGGAUUGGGCUUGAUUGCAAUGCUGCCUGCAAUGUCUUCUCCCAUAAUUGAAUAGCCUCUUAACCCUCGUUGACAAAACUCACACAUAAUGAAUAAUACCGAGGUACCAAAGGGCAAAACUGGGAUCCAAAGAACCAUAUCCUAGCAAAAGGAAACAUAAAUGCUGACAGAAGGUGCAUGAGCAAAAUGGGUAAAAAUGAGAGUUGUCAAGUCUUCCGUGGGUUACUUUCCAGAGGAAUGAAGAAUUCCAUCUGCUGAAACAGGAGAGUAAAGGAAUGCUUAAACACCAUCUUGCCCACACAGUCAAUCUUAAUUUUACAGCAAAAGAUGCCUUUUAAGUGUCGGCAUGAAAUAUUGUCCUCUUGAUCUAUACAGCACUUAAGAAAAUGUAAUUUUGCUAGCAUACGGCAUGUUAUAUAUUCUAUUUCAAGACCUGCCUUAGGUGGUCCUACUGAUGCAUCUUUUACAACUGAAAUUAGUCUUCCCUUUUCCUUCCCCCAACUAUGGUGAGAAUCAAAUCUUUAUUACAAUACAUUAUCUUUUCUAAUUUAAAAAAAAGCUGAAAAUCCACAACAGUUUCAUUGGUAUCUGAAAGAGAAAGAAAUGCUGUGUUAAACAGCAUCCUUCAUUGAACUGAUCUGAUGUAGGUUUCAGCCUAACACAUCAAUGUCAUUUCUUUUUUCUUAUAAGGAAAAAGCAGCAGAUGAGUUCUUAUUUCGGGUUUCCAAUAUUUUUGUAUUUCACUGGUUUAGUAAAUUGACUUGACGCAAAGAAAAUGACUUUCAUUUGAGUAUUGUUGCACGUUCAGACAUCUGUUUUAAUAAUUGACCAAAAUGUCACAAAUACCUGAGCAGUUAUGUUUCAGAAGGAAUAUUCUGUAGACCUGAUUGUUGACAAACCAACAAAAAUUAAUGGUGCCCUUUUAAAAUUCUCUACUAAACAAAGUGUAGCUAUUUUUGGUUUACCUCCUUGAAACCAGUUUCUUACAGUGUAUUUUUUUUAAAGAUUAAUCUGAUCAGACAGUACAGUACAAUGUUUUUUCCAGAAAAUAAUACCCAUUUGUUCUACAGCGCUUUUUAUAGGCAAAAUAAAUUAUUGCUGAAUUAAAAACAGCCAAAUCAUCAAUGUAGAAGAUUUAGUGGCAAUUUCAAAUUCAAGAAGGUAAAAAUAUUUUCAAAAAUAACUUGCUUGUUUUCAAAAGACGUGAAGAAAUUAUGUGGAAUCUGUUGUGAGACGUUUAAGUGCCAGAUUGAUUCACACCAACUAAAUUAGCUACUUUAUGGUGAAUAACUUGUAUAAUUCAAUUUGUUAGGAAGGUUUACAAAUCCUAACCAAUCUGAUCUAUGGGGACAUGUGCAAUGGACCAGCUUCCAAAUCUUUAGAAUGAAAAGGGAAUUGGCUGUGGUUUGACUUUGUUAAAAAAGCAAGCCUGUUUCAUGUGUUUUAUCCAUUCCGAGAUAGUAGUUCUUUUCUGUCCCAAUUUCAUGAAUGCCAAUUACCUACAUAAACAAAUGCUCCUUUGGAAAAAAUGACUCUUACCAGCCAAUGGAGAGAUCAGCUGUAAGUUUUAAGAGUGCCAAGGAAGCAAGCUGAACUCAAGCCAAUCAACUGUAAUAGUCAUCAUGUUCCCUUAUGGCAUGUCUCAUCAUGUUUAAAAUGUUCAUCUGUAAUUUUAUUAGUCAGUGUCACAUGUGACUACAACUAACACUGCAUUAAAUUGUAUUAAUCUUUUGUUUUUUGUUCUAUCGUAGUGGUGCUUGUAACAAUUAAAUGCAUGAAACUACUUGUACCAACAAAAUGCAAGUGGGGUUACUAUCUGCUUUUAACAUACUGCCCAGAUAUGAGAGUGAGAACUUAUUUCAAAGUGGUUACCAUUUUACCUAGUUGGCCUGCCCAUGGUUAAAGGUUAGAAAUAGAGAUUGUUGAAGGAUAAGUGAAGUAUUGAUACAACUAUUUGGUUUGUACAUUGAAAAGUAAGGCAUUAACCCAGUUUGUUCGUAUACCAGUAGCUAAUAGACUUACAGAGAUGAUCACAAUUUUUAAAAUGUGAUUCACAGUGAAAUAGAACUUUUAAAUGGACACUGUACAUAUUCCAAAUGCUCUAGUUAAGAGUGGCAAAGCACAACUCAAUCUUUUUUAAAUACAAGAUAACCUGCUUUCCUCAAAUUGCACUGGGCACAAAAAUGUUACACAAUAAAGUUUGGGGAGGAAGCUUUGAUAUCCUCCAGUACUUUUGAUAUUCUCUGUACAACCCAUGACUUUGUGGUGCAACUGUGUCUUGUAUUAUAGUAAUGUUAAGUAUCCAUCGAGUAUGACUAAUUAAUGGAUCCUUUUCACUUCAUGUCGGCGUCAUGACAGUUUACAUCCGGAACUGACCCAAAUUGUUUUCUGAACAUUAGAUACCAUUGUGUAACCUAUACCUACAAUUACCACCCAAAGCUAAACUAUUGUAAGGUUUUCUCCAUGGAUGAAACAAUUGAUAAGACUGUUGUAGACAAAACAGCAAUUAAAAAUGACCUUUUUUGAAUGCUUUGCUGUAUAAGCCAUGUCAUCAACAAGUGAGGUUGGACUCUUAAUUCAAAGAAAUUUGCAUUUCUUGCAGAAUUACACUCGGGCAUGUUUUGGUGCAUUAAUAUCUAUUAAACACGGCGUAUAUGACUUGAAGAGUAAAAUCUGAGAUGUUUGUUUCAAAAUGAUUCACUCCCCAAUGAAAUUAAUGGAAAGCAAAAAUACAGAAUACCUCAUCAUACCAAGAUAAAAAUUUCAGUGGAUUUAAUGGUGGAGACAAAACCUCAUUACAUUUGUCAAACUUCAGUAAUGUUUAUUAACAAGAUUACUGUUCAUUUUUGGAGAACAUCCAGCUCAGGGAUGAGCAGUGGAGGUUGUUCUGCAGUGACUGAUAUUUUGAGUUAAAUUCCAAAAUCGGGUGCAGUCACUGAUUCACAGUGACAAGACGAGGAUCAUGUUCCUGCAAUUGCACAGCUAUUGUUUCAGUGUUAAGACUGCUUUAAAUUGUGAAUGACUUAAAAUGGUUGCUGGCACUGAUGAGAUUAGCAAUAUUUAACCUUGGUGUGGUAUACUGCUCAUUUUAUACUGUGUCAGUUAUUUAAAUUUCAGAUUUUUUUAAUAGCUCAUUUUUUUGUAAUUGUAUUGAAUGAUAUCAUCAUGUUCCUGAGGUAUUGUGUUUGGGAAUAUUUGAUUUUUUUUAAAUCUUCACAUCAAAGAAGUAACCAUUUUCACAAUGAAAAUUCAUAACUAUAUACUGAAUAAAUUAUUGAUUUUCAAAA